CAACGCGGUUCGGUUAUCAAAAACCGACAUUUUCUCACCUUUCUUUCUCGCCCUAUAUAUUUACAUACACGCAUUUGUAAAGAUAUUCAAAGAUCAAAAUCAUUCUUGAUCAAUACAAAAGAAACAUAAACACUCAUAAAACUCUUGCCUUCGAACUCAAAUUCGUUACACUAAUCGUUGGAAGAUGAGCCAGUACAAUCACAACCAAUCUGCAGGAGCUAACCCUUCACCACCGAUGUCAACCGGCCCAGCGCCCCUAGCUCCGAUUGGUUACCCGACGAACGACCCGAGUCAUGGUUCGGCGGCUCCUGUUAAAGUCGAGACCAACUCUAAGGGUGACGGAUUCUUUAAAGGCUGUCUUGCUGCCAUGUGUUGCUGUUGUGCCCUGGACAUCUGCUUCUAAGGAGAUGCAAUAUAACUCUGGAAUGGUUUUAUUUACGAGUUGUGUGUGAAUGUUAUGUGAAUUGUUUUUCCCUAGCCUUUUUGUGUAUAAAAUAAUAAUUCUAUUAUUGGUUUAUUGAUUCUUGUAAGACGUGUUUUGUUAUUCGAACAUAUUUUUAUGGUCUUUAGUCUUUAUGAAUUUCUGAUCUUUUAAUUCAUUUUCUCUUUA